AUGAACGCCAAUCGCUACACGCCGAGAUUUGUGGAUGUGUUCUGCAGAGGCUGUUCUUCGUUCUUGUUCAAGUACCGCAAAAGCUCGGACGGCCCGGUUAUGAAAUGCUUCAUCGACAAGAUACAGAAGAGCCCUGCCUUGACGGAGCCUGUUUGCCCACAGUGCAAGACUGAAUUUGGGCAGGUAAGAUUCAUCAACGGCGCGCCGGCGUGGAAGAUGAUCGCUCAAGCGAUUACGUGGAAAAGGAAGGACAAUUGA